AUGGGGGGGUUGGAUUUUGUGGGGUGGGGGGUGGCCGUGGGGGUGGUUGUUUUGGGGGGUGUGGUUUGCGGGGGGUGCGGCGCGGGUGGGGAGGAGGGGGAGGGGAAGUGGGGAGGGAAGAAGAAAUUUUGGGGGAGGAGCAGGGAGGAGGAGGACAUUGAAAAGGUGUACACCACAUUAUUCUCCCCUUUGCACAUGACCCGUUCGCAGUUUGGUCAAAUAUUGUCAUGCCGACGGAAAGAAUUGCGCGUUUUGAAACCUGGGGAACAGUACUGCUCGGAAAAAAUUACGAGGGUGGACUCGCUGGCUUUGUUGCUGAGUGGGAGACUCCUGGUGACGCAAUCCGGUCGGUCCCUUCACAUGAUCCACGCGAACCAAUUCGUGGAUUCUCCCGAGUACUUUGGCGUCACCACGGACGACCUUUUCCAAGUCAGCAUCACCGCCGUGGAGGAAUCCAGGUUGUUGGUGUGGCAUCGGGACAAGUUGCGGUUGGUCAUUGGGGGGGAUUUGAAGGGGGGGAAUAAAUUGGGUGGGGAGUUCUUGAGGGAAAUGUUCGAUCACGUGAUUGGCAGGGAUGUCGUGAGGAAGUUGGUGCAGGUGAGCGACGAGACCAACUGCGACCUGAAGAAAUCUCCACCGCCCGAAACCGCCCCCCUCGUCGAUGAAGAGGAAAAGGAGGCAGCACCGCAAUUGCUAGAAGAAGAAGAGGAAGAAGAGGAGGAAGAGCGGAUUUUGGAAUCCUGGACUUUGGGAAAAAUUGCCGAGGAGGAAACCGUCGUUUAAUAGAGUUGCCAUGGAGAUUUUUUUUCUAGUCGUGUCUGGUCUGUGUGGGUUUAUUAAUUUAUUAAUUUUGUGUGUGGGUGGGUGUUUUUGUACUAAUUUUUGUAUCAAAAAAUUAAUCCAUUUAAUAAAUUUGUACUUGAUUAAUAAUACUUUCAAAUAAAAUCGUCAUGGAAAUUUCAAUAAAAAAAUAUCACGGCCAC